CUUUAAAGUUCAAAGUGUGUUUCCUGUUCGCUGGUAACGUGCGUUGUGCUGUUUUAUUUGAGAGGGAACGUUUCUGUGACGAAAACAUUCUAAACAUUAAAUUAGCGUCUGUAUAAUUACUGCUGACAUUUUGCGAGAUGAGUUUACCUCUGAACCCAAAACCUUUCCUGAACGGCCUGACGGGCAAACCUGUGAUGGUGAAGCUGAAGUGGGGGAUGGAAUAUAAAGGUUACCUGGUAUCUGUGGAUGGAUACAUGAACAUGCAGCUGGCAAACACAGAGGAGUACGUGGACGGCGCGUUGGCGGGUCACCUCGGUGAAGUUCUGAUCAGAUGCAACAAUGUUUUGUACAUCAGAGGUGUAGAGGAAGAGGAAGAGGAUGGAGAGAUGAGAGAGUGAA